CUAAUGGAUGGGAUGCAAUCCAUACAUGCCAAGGGGGAACCCAUCUCAGAUGCACGCCGCCCAUUCGCCGUUCACCCCCCCCUCUCUCUCAUAUGGCUGGGCCUUUUGUAUCGCCUCCUCUCUGCUCCUGCCCCUGAUGCUACUGUCGGGCGUAUCCGUGAAUGUCCCCCUUGGCUUCGCAGUCAUCGUCACCGAUCGCCCCAUGCCCCCGCCCGCCUCCGCCGCCCUCUUUCAGCUUUGGCAACGAGACGAGAAUACCUUGAAGAUUACAAAAAUGGCUUGUCGUUUUCCCAUCUUCUCCUUCUUUUUCAUUCAAACGGCGAGAGUUUUUUUUAAAGUUGACUGGCUGUCCAGCCCUUCUGGCGCCUCAUCUCCGGCUCAUCUGUCUCUCUGGGUAUGUUCGCGUCGAAUGGACGAGUCGAACAAGGGGCGAGAGAGGAAGAGGAAGAAGAAGAAGACCGCCAAAACGCCAAAACUCAGAGCCACCAGUGAAAAUGGCGUUUGACCCUAGGCCGAGGUAUAUCAUCUUGGUCUUCUCAUGUCCAGUUGGGAGACAUCCGACGUUUGCAGCGCGCUAAGAAGAGUAGAAACAUGAUGCGGGGAAGAGAGUGUCCACACGGGGACCUAUGAGUAUGCAUGCUUGCAAG